CACAGAGAUGCUGCUCAGGCUCUCGGGUUCAGCCUCGGGCUCUCUCGGGCUCAGUGCGCUGAGCUAUCCCGGUGCGAAGGGACGAUUUUUCAAGCGGGGGUGUCGCGUGUGCUCGGUUUUGCCAAAGGGCGGGCUGAAAUGUAGCGACGAUCGGGGAGAGAGCGUCGUUUCGUUCCGAAUUUCUCUGUUGCCGGACUGCAUCGGCGGCUGACUACGAGAGAGGGAAGGGGAGAACGAGGCGAAGGGAGAGAGCUCGCUGAUCGACUAUACAGCGCGCGUGUCGGUGCAACACCCGAGCCGGGUAGAAUCCUCGAAGGGCACCGGUCAGGCCAGGCCCUCCUGCCGAGUCUGAGAGGAGCGCGCACGAUGCGCAUCCGAUGGAAACAUGAGAAUCGCACUCGUACUCGCGCGAGAGAGAUCGAUCGUCACAUGCUCCAAAGUUCGCGUGCCGAUAGCGAAGGCUCGUCACGUGCCUUUCGUGGCCGCGGAGGGUGGGCCGAGACCAUUGGCCUUCAUUUAUCCUCGUGUUCGCUGUCUCGCGGAUGCAUCUUCGAUUUCUUUUCACUCCGUGAUAUGCGUGCUUUACGCGAAGCUCCAGACGACGACGUUCGGCAUAUCCGUAUUAUCGUGCCAUGUGUGGAUUACAUAUCCUUCUCUAUUCGCUUUCCUAUUGUUGCCCUCUGUGAUAAUAAAAAAUGACGAGAGAGAGAGAGAGAGGAAGGAGAAAGUGGGUACGAGAUAGUGGCUACGAUUUGACGCGAGUGGAAUUUACGAGCGAGAGAGGUAGUUGGCUGUCUGUGACGCGCGGCUUGCUCUUAAAAUAAAUGUCGACGAUACACGUUGUCGCGCCGGUCGAAUAUUCAUCUUUUCCCUUUUUCGGGCGCACGCGUGAUUUUAUCCCGACGGGACGCGUAGAGAGGGGGGGGGCAGAGGGAGAGAAAGGGAAAUGCGAGCGGGCCCUUGCAUGCGCGGCGGCUACGAGAACAAUCAUAGUGUAGAAACAACACGCAGGGAGACGAGCGGCAUGGGGCUCGGGACAAAGCGGUCCCGCUCGCACCAUGCAUAUGCACGAGGGACUUUGUGUACCCGGUUUGCGGGCCGGUGAUUACAGGUGGGAAUAAACCGAUACCGGGAUACGGAGCCUGCCUAAAUACGUGCCGUGACCCACUUCUGAAUUAAUAGCGGACGCAACUCGUCGGCGAGACGUCCCGGUUUCCCGCCACGGGACUGCGAGGCACUACUCGUCUCCGUCAGCGACUGAUACUCUCGCGAUACUCUCGGUCGGAGGCGGAGGAAUCGCGGCUCACGGUCGUCAUCGCAUUGUCGAGGAGACAUCUGGUGACGCGCGAAGCUUGCAGGUAAAUAGCAGAUUCUCUCCGUGUGAUCGUCCGCGGUGGUGCGUCCUGUGUCUCGUGUGCCGUGGACGCGUUUCGUCCGUGGCCGCUCGAGUUGUGAAGUGCCGGUGUGAUUCACCGAAGAACCGAAGGGAGGAACGAAGAGAGAGAGAGAGAGAGAGAAAGAGAGAGAGGAAGCCCGAGAUAGAGGUGUGGUGCACACGAAGAGAGAUGCGCGACGCGGACGAAAGGUUCAUGUCCGGCGUUGCGGCGGAAGUCCAGCUUCGCGUGACGGUGCUGAAUCGUCGAUGCUGAAUCGCGCUCGCGACGCGUCCGCGCGGUAGUGUUCGAGCGGAGCCUCGCGCGCGAAUGACAGCCGGAGGACUCUUUCGCCGCUGGAGUGACAGUGAGAGCUUCGAGCGUUGAGCUGGGAAAGGGACGAGUCUCGGCAGACGCCGAGUUCGAGACGACACGCCGAGUCGGUGAUCCGCCGAGAAGGGACUACUGCAACGUAAACGGGUGGUGAUCGGUAGUGAUGCCGUGAUGGGCUGCAGCUCGAGAUCGUUCUUCCUGACCACGCUCCUCGCGGCUGGAUUACUGUCGAUCGUGCUGUUCGCCGAGUUGUCCUGCGCAACACGCUUAAGACAGCGACCUGGGCCUACGGAUGCGCCGAGAGGAGGUUCUGUGAACGAAGCUGGUGUUUUUGCGCUGCGGGGUAGGCAAGAGGGUAAUCGGCGUUCCAGAAGGACCACCACUAGCACAACGAGCACAACGACGUCCGGCUCGACGUUGAUACCUCUGCCCGACGAAAUGGCGCAGCCCGCGGCCCUUUUGGCCCCCGAAGAGGAGUCAUGGUCUACCAGUUCUUCCACUACGACCAAUGUUCCGUUACCCUCAGACACGGUCGCUACGUCGUCCAACCCGCCUCUGGAGUUCGUAGUGAAACCUCACAGCAAGGUCAUCUUACCUUGCGAACUGGAAGGAAAUUACUCGAGAUUACUACUACCAGGAACGAGAAGUUACAGAAUACGACCGGCGACGUGGUUGCACGAGGGAAGUCCGGUAGAUAUGAUCACGAUAGACACGAGAACGGAAAUGAGCGGAACCGGGCACAGAUACAUCGGCGACUCCACGACCGCGGCGUUACACAUAGACAACGUCAGAUUAGAGGAUGACGGUGUGUGGGGCUGCAGGUUGGAAGACGACCGGGGAAAGAUCCUCUUCGGCAGGCCGGUGAAGCUGGUCGUGCUCGAGGCACCUCGUGGGACGUAUUUGCUGAUAGAUGGCCGCCGGCUGGAUCCCGGAAACCAGUUCGUGCCGGUGAAGGAGGGCUCGGAGCUUAUUCUCGAGUGUGCGGCCGAGGGUGGAAACCCGCCGCCCGUUUUGGCAUGGGGCAUGACCUUGUCUCAAGCCACUUUAGACGGCCCGGAACAACCGCCGGACAACCUCACCGUGUCACCCUCGACAUCCGGCGGCUCCAGCAAAGCUCACCUUAAGGUCUUACGGGGACAUCACAAUGCCACCAUAGUCUGCGUAGCGCGUCAUAUCACGCUAACGGUGCCGAUGAAUGCCAGCAUCCUGCUUGACGUUCAAUAUACUCCGUCGUUCGCGAUAACGCGUUUACCUGGUUUUGGAAUUCCGAUCGUCGAGGGGAUGUCCGUCAGCCUGAAAUGCGAGGUGGACAGCAAUCCAGUCAGCACUCCAAUUUGGCAGCGUGACAAUGGUCCGCCUCCCGUGGAGCAGAGCGAUGACGGAUGGUUGAACUUCACAAAAAUCACUCGGGCCGAGAGCGGCUGGUACAAGUGCUACACGCGGCAUAUGCUCGGCAUUUUCACCAGCAUCGGAUAUUUUCUCAACGUUCGCUAUAAUCCAGAUAUGGAGACCGAGGCGGAGGCGCUGAACGGCGAGGCGACCGAUUCCCGAAGGAUGGAGGUGCAGAUCGGCGGAGCGGUGACCCUCGAGUGCGACGGCGGCUGUUGGGGUCACGGCCCCGGGAUGGAUCCGGUUGGUGGGCCCGGACCUCUCGCUCUUGGUCGCGUGGUUUAUCAAGAGGCCGGCGAGUACCGAUGCGUAGCGCCCGAUCGGAAAAUGCAGGACACGUGGCGCGCCCAGUUGCCCUACCACAUCAAGGUUACCGGGCGACCCAUGGUUCAUCCGCCGAGUCAGACGGUGACGGCGAACGAGGGUGAGCCGUUGGACAUCGUCGUCGAAUUCUGCGCCGAGCCGAGCUACACGAAGAUUCUCUGGACAUCGGAAGAGCACGUAUAUAUACCCGGUGCACUAUCUCGCGAUGGGGUUCAAGCUCUCGCAAUCGAGGACGGCGGCACGGAAUCGUGUUACAGGACGACCCUGCACUUUGAGACGAUUCAGUGGUCUCACGCGGGCGAGUGGCUGCUGCUGGUCCGCUCGCCGGAAGGGAUCGCCGACGCUUCCGUUAUGCUCAAUGUGACGCGUGCUUCCGGAUACAGUCAUGCCCACAUCCGGUCGGCGAGCGUCACGUACCUUCUGUUCUGCCUGCUCCUGACGAUCCUGCAGGAACACCGUCGCUGAGGCGGUCCAGCGAAGGAGACCUCAACGGUGGAAACCUCGGCAACGCUCCCGGCGAUACCGGAAGCAAUGCCCAGAGGAGUACAGCUCUCUCUUUCCCUCCCCCCUCCCCGCUCUCGUUCUCCCUCAGUGACGAGGAGGGAGAGGGAGGGGAUUUUUCUUUGUACAUAAUGCCGAAAUUCUCUCUCCCGACGGAUUUUCCUCGCGCGUUUUGUCCAUGAUAUGCGCAUCACCGGCGCAAUGCGAGCGCAACGAAAUUCGACGGAAGCUCCGCUGACGCGGAGACCAUUACGGCCUUGUGGCGUACCUCGGACUACGAAACGGCGAAUUCUCUGGGUGAUUCUGGAAGACGCAUUUACGAAUCGUGAGCAGGAGCAGCAGGAGGAUAAGGAGGAAUCGCGGACCGCUGCCGUUUACCGCGAGACUUGGCGCGACUUCUCGUAUCCGCGCGAAGGGAUCCUCGUGACGAUCGAGACGACACGGUCGAAAUUCAAUUUCGGGAUGUACGACCGGUGUCCUUCUUUGGCCUUACACGAGGAUAACGAACGAGAGGAAGGAAAGGAAAAGCGCGAGCGUACCCGGCCGCGCUGGGAUACGUAUUUAUAUAGACAGGAAAUUUGUAAACUACGAAACUCUGCGCGCGCGCGCUGAAUGCGCUUGCGCGAUACGACGUGUAUAUAUUUGUAUAGGUAACGAAUAAUAAUAACUAUAAUAAUAAUAUUAACAACAAUAAUAAUCUCUGAUGUUCGAAUUAUGGAACGGUGUUCCCGCGUGUAGGGAUCAGGAACGAAAUGGAGACCAAACCUCUUUUUUUCUCUCUUUUUUUUCCUUUCCUCUUUCUUUUCCGGUCGGAAAUUCGCGAACAAAAUACGUGCGUAGUGAAAGACGAGAGAUACGGCUGGUCAACGCACGGUCGACACGUUUGGCUCUCUGUGCACCACGCUGUAAUCAUUAUAACAUUGUGAAACGCAGCCAUGGUGAAACCAUGAUGAACGAUAUAGAACAGACACAGCCACCGUAAUACGAAAUAGUAACGAUUGGGCGAACGAUUGGGGAUGCGACAGAGAAGAAAACUCACGCGAGAGAUCAUUGCAAAUUCCGUACAAAGAGGAGGACAGGUUUCUCUCUUGCCCUUUCUCAUUCUUUCUCUUUCUCUCUCGCGCGCGUACAUCCACCCCGGAAACGAAAGAGUCGCGUGGUCGCACUGUCGAAUAAGAUCCGUUUACUUGUGCAACGUCAAAUAUUCCUGAGAUAGAGAACGACUAAAAUAAAUUGUUGUAUAUUACCUAGGUAAGUAGAGUUUGAUAGCGUGUAUAUAGUGACUGUAAAUGCAUAGGCUACAUCGUACGCUCGUACAUACGAAUUAUACAAUGACGCUGUUAGAGAUAUAUUUAUUAUUCGUUGAUAUAUUUUUAUAAAGUUUUAUUUAGCCAUAAGUUCUCGUUUGCCUUCCCUCUUCCCCAGCCCUGAAUCUCGUUCGCGCGAUCGCAACGCUUGUUUCGUUGAGAGAAUAAAAUGGCAACGGCGCCGUCGACAACAACAACGACGACGACGACGACGACGACGGCGACGGUGGCGGCGACGAUGACGGCGACGGCGACGGCGACGGCGACGGCGCUUUGAAUGACGAACUUUUCAACGAGAACCGUUACAAUAAA